CUCUCAUUCUCAACGGCGUCGUUUGGUGAACUCAAAAAAAAUCUUUUGGCACUGGAACCGAUCGACACUGCAGCAGAAAAACCAGAAAAUGAAAUGAGCUAGGAGCUCACCAUCUCCACGAACACGUUAUCCAGUAAACUCAUUUCCUCUUGAAUGGCGAUCCUUGCUUCUCUACCAGUUAUUAAUCCCUUCUCAUCCCUCCCUUCAAAGCCACCACCAAACGACCCCACCACGCCUUCCACCUCCACGUCACCGCCCAUUCCCAUUCCCAAAUACCGUCCAAAACCCAGAAAUAGCCCUCACAGUCCCCGGAAAUCCCAAGAAAACCCAGCCCUCAAACUCCCUCACCGUCAAACACGCUACUAUAAGCCGUUAAAACCCGGAGUCAUAUCCUCAGAUGGGGAUCGUACUGUCCUAUUGGGUGAGUCUGGCGUGUCCUAUCAACUCCCGGGGGCGCCGUUCGAGUUUCAGUACAGUUACUCCGAGACUCCCCAAGUCAAACCGUUAGCGAUUCGGGAGCCGGCUUUUUUGCCGUUCGCUCCGCCUACGAUGCCACGUCCGUGGACGGGAAAGCAACCGCUGAAAAAGUCAAAGAAGAAGAUCCCUCUCUUUGACUCAUUUAUGCCGCCGCCUCCGGGGAAGAAAGGCGUGAAAUUUGUUGAAACGCCGGGGCCAUUCCCUUUUGGGAAGUAUCCACAGGAAGGGAAAACGAGAGAAGAGAUUUUGGGAGAGCCCUUGAAGAGGUGGGAAAUUGAUAUGCUUGUUAAGCCUCUUUUGAAAAAUAAUCGUCAAGUUAAUUUGGGGAGGGACGGGUUGACGCAUAAUAUGUUGGAUUUGAUACACACGCAUUGGAAACGGCGUCGUGUUGUAAAAAUUAAAUCCAAAGGUGUUCCUACUGUUGAUAUGGAUAAUGUUUGCCGCCAUCUUGAGGAUAAAACUGGGGGGAAGAUCAUUCAUCGAGUUGGUGGUGUAGUUUAUCUUUUUCGUGGCAGAAACUAUAACUAUCGCAGUCGUCCAGAGUACCCACUGAUGCUCUGGAAACCAGCUGCUCCAGUUUAUCCAAAACUUAUCCAAGAAGCUCCAGAAGGCUUGACAAAGGCUGAAGCUGAUAAGCUUCGAGAAAAAGGGAAAUAUCUUUUGCCCAUAUGUAAAUUGGCGAAAAAUGGAGUGUACCUUACCUUAGUGAAAGAUGUUAGGAAUGCUUUUGAAGGAAGUCCAUUGGUGAAGAUUGACUGCAAAGGAUUGCAUGCAAGUGAUUACAAGAAAAUAGGUGCUAAACUUAAGGAAUUGGUCCCUUGUGUGCUAUUGUCUUUUGAUGAUGAACAGAUUUUGAUGUGGAGAGGAAAUGAUUGGAAAUCAAUGUAUCCAGAGGGUCUUUCAGCUUCAGUGCCUAAUAACUUAGACACUGUGGGUGGAUUCGAUGGUCUAGGUGAUCCUAAUGAUAAGCCUGACCCAAAAGUUGUAAGAUCAAGUCCUAAGAUGAUCUCCCUCUGGGAGCGUGCCAUUGAAUCGAACAAGGCUUUGUUGCUGGAUGAGAAAAAUCUUGAUCUUGGUCCUGAUGAUCUUUUGAAGAAAGUUGAGGAAUUUGAUGGUGUUUCACAGGCCACAGAGCACUCCUAUUCAGCCCUGGUUUUGUCAAGUGAAGAUGGCACCAGUUGUUCAAUGGCGGAAGGGGAAGUUGAUUCUCAAAGUGAUAAUUAUGAUGAAGAUGAUUUGUAUCCUGAGGAUGACAUAUAUUACGACACUGACUCGUCUGACCUGGACGCCACUGUCCCCGUAGGAUCGUUACCAGUUGAUGAAAUAGCAGAGAAGCUAAAGCAGAAAAGAAUAUAAAAGGAAUAUCAUACUUUAUUGGACCGCGAUGUCAGUUAUUGUUUUUGGCAUGAUAAGUCGGAGAAGCUGAUAUGCAAGGAUUAGUAUUUUUUAUGAAUCCCAGUUUGGCAUCCAUCACUUUGACAUAUUUUGUGAUGAAUGGUAUGAUAAUGUCACAUAAGAGACAAACGUAUGGAGACAAAUUUCGGGAUAUUACUUGGAAUCUUAUAAAAUUCCAUUUAUUCAUUACUCAAAGAAGAAAAGUGUAUGUUGGAAUGUAAAUUUAUGUUACAGAUUUAUUCUUUCUUGUUUGGAAAGACUGGUGUAAAUCUUUGAGAUUGCUUGUACAUUGCAUUCAUGUAUUGCGUAGACGUUAACCUGCUGAUUAACAAGAUCUCACUCUUCUCAUUUC